AUGGCAAAGAAGGAGAACCAACAAUUAAAGGUCGUUUCCGGCGAACCAGUAGAGUUAGACGACGAAAUCGACUCUACCAAGCCCGCUGAAUCCAAAGAAUCCACUACGAAAACCCCAAAUGAAACAGAAACAAAAACAAAUUCAGAUUCAAAAAUCCCGGCCCCCGCUGGCGAUAUUGCUGUGACUGAAAAGGAUUCAAAAGAAACCGAUAAGGAGACCAAGACGUCUACUACAGAAGAGAACGCCACCAAGACCACUUCAGACACAAAACCAGACACGAAAGACGUUGGUGGGGACAAAUUGGACAACAAACUAAACAAAUCCGGUGACGAAAAUGCGCCUCCACCGCCUCCAAGACCAAUUUCGCCUGUAACCCAAAUCACCAAGGACCUCAAGGACGCGUUCCCCAACAUCGAGGACAAGUACAUUACCGCUGUGCUUGUUGCCUCGGAAGGAAAACUCGAUCCCGCUUUCAAUGCGUUGUUGUACAUUUCUGACCCCACGUUCAAACCGGACAUUCCCGUGCCUUCCGCCUCCGCUGGGCCUCCGCCGCCCCCCAAGGGGUUGACAGACGACGAGAAGUUGGCGAGGAAGCUCCAGAAGGAAUUUGAGCGGGAAGAUCGUCGCCAGAGAGCCGCCAGGGACGCUCGUAGAAAGGGCCGGCCGGUGCCUCCACGGCCUCAAGAUUCCGACGAAAGUCCUGAUGAAUUCGGCCAGAUUAAGGAGACAUUCACACAGGGAUUCGAAGAGGCUCGUUCAACAUUAAAUGGCUGGGUGAGUGGACUUACUCGGAAAUUUCAGGAACCCAACGAUCAGAGCGGAACCAACCAGAGCCCCAAACUUUUCGGAGCGUUGGGCGGCUCGUCCUUCAACAGCAGCGAACGUAAGUCUGGCUUCGACAAAGACCCCGAGAUCCUCUCCAACGAUUUCCACACCAAAAUCAGCAUGAAAGACGAACAAGAAACGGCGCCUCAACUUCCUAAACGCCAGGAAAAUAAAUGGCAGCCAUUGAACCCGGAUGUGCCCGUCAAUCUGGAUGCAUUUUUGGUGACGGACAGCGAGGACGAAGAGGAGGGAAGAAAGAAGUGA